GCAGUCACUUCCUACUGAUUUGGUCCGGAGCAGAGCCACUCUGCUGUAUCAUGUCGUCUCAGUGAGGCUCCACAGACGUUAUUCAACACAGUAAACAUGUUCUUUCGGGAUAAAUCUACAGGCUCGGCGCCUCUGAAGCUGGCGUUUUGGUUCGUGGCGUGUCUGGCAUGUUUGCUGGUCCAGUCCGAAGCGGAGGGGGACAGCAGCCUGCGGUACCAGGACCUCUGCAGUUACAAAUGGGAGGCUAUAGACCAAGAUAACAGAGUAAAAUACACCCUGAAGCUCUGUGAGUCUUCACCAUCAACCGACUGUGGGUCCGAAGCCGCCGUGUGCGCUCUAAACCUCACCAGCCACACCAUACAGUCCGUCGGUGACAUGUCCCUGCAGAGGCUGUCUGGUACCGUGCUGGAUUACAACAGCACAAGAAAAUGUCCUGAAAGCAACAACAGCAUUCAGACCAGCAUCAGCUUCCAGUGUGGGAAAACCAUGGGCACUCCAGAGUUCGUUGCCGUUUCACAGUGUGUGCAUUACUUUGAGUGGAAGACCUACACCGCCUGCAAGAAAGAUAAAUUCAAGCCACACAAAGAGGUACCUUGCUACGUGUUUGACUCGGAUGGUAAGAAGCAUGACCUCAACCCGCUUAUCAAAGUGAAUGAUGGCUAUCUGGUGGACGAUGGCGAUGACAACAUUGACUUCUACAUCAACAUCUGCCGCAGUCUCAACCGUCCAGACAAAUCCUGUCCAGAGGGCUCUGCAGCUUGUCUCGUCACCAGUCAGGGCUCCUACAGCAUGGGCGCUCCUACCAAGCAGCUAGAGCUGGUGUCAGACGACAGCCUCAGGUUACAGUAUGAAGUCAGUGACGACUCGCCUCGUCCAGAAAUGUGUAAAGGACACAAACCUGCUGUUACCAUCACUUUCACCUGUCCGUCAAGCAGACAUUCGGGCAGCACUCCCAAGAUGAUCGCAGAGUCGAACUGUCGCUACGAGGUGGAGUGGGUGACUGAAUACGCUUGUCACAGGGACUAUCUGGAGAGCCAUACCUGCAAACUGACCAGUCAACAGCAUGACAUCUCCAUAGACCUAACACCUCUCACGCUAGGCUCUACAGACCAUCCGUACCACGCGCACUCUGGGACCAGUGAAGGACCUGAAAGUUACAUCUACUACCUGAAUGUGUGUGGAAAGAUCCCCACGGAUGAAUGUGGUGACGAGCAAUAUAUAUCGUCCUGCCAGGUGAAGAAGGCCUCAGAGAUGAGUAAGGUGGCUGGAAGGAAUCAGAACCAGACACUACGUUAUUCAGAUGGAGAUCUGACUCUGAUCUAUCCAGACGGCAGCAGAUGCUCCUCAGGCUUCCAGAGAAUGACCAUCAUCAACUUUGAGUGCAACAAGACUGCAUCCAAUGGUGGGCGAGGGAAUCCAGUGUUUGCAGGAGAGACGGACUGCACCUAUUACUUCAACUGGGACACGGCUUUUGCCUGUGUCAAGGAGAAGGAGGAUCUGCUGUGUCGGGUCAGAGAUGGCAAGAAACACUAUGACCUUUCACCUCUCACAAGAUACCCUGGGUCAGGUGAUGGAGGGAACUGGGAGGCAGUGGAUACUAAAUCUGCAAAGUCAGACUCACGUUACUACCUGAAUGUCUGCCACAAAGUCAUUCAGUCAGGAGGUGCUGCCGGCUGCCCCGUGAAUGCUUCCAUCUGUGCCGUGGAUAAGAAUCAUGGUGCUAUCAGCCUGGGCGGCUUCCUCUCAUCUCCUCAGAGGACUAAAAUAGGAAAUGACAUCAGGCUGGUGUACACUGAUGGAAAUUUUUGCAUCGGUAAAAAGACAAGGAUCCAAACUAUCCUGACACUCAAAUGCAAACCUGGGGAUCUCGAGAGCGCUCCUGUCCUUCGUAGCGUUUCGUCUGAUCAAUGUGUUUAUGAGCUGGAGUGGUACACUGCUGCUGCCUGCGUCCUCUCGAAGACGCAAGGAGACGACUGCAAGGUGGAGGACCCUCAGGCUGGGUUCUCUUUUGACUUGUCACCUCUCUCCAAACCUGAUGGUGGCUUCUACAACCUGACCAAUGAAAGCUAUAACUACUACAUCAAUGUCUGUGGUUCAGUCAAAGCUGCCACGUGUCCUGAGAAGGCCGGCGCGUGCCAGGUGGAAAAGAGUUCUUGGAGUCUUGGGGAAGCAAACUCCCAUCUGUCCUACUACGACGGCCUGAUCCAGCUGACCUACAGUAACGGCUCCGAGUACAACAAUGAACAACACACCCUCAGAUCCACUCUCAUCUCCUUCCUCUGUGACCCCACAGCUGGACCUGGCAAACCCGAAUUCCAGGUUGAAGACAAGUACACCUAUAACUUUCGCUGGUAUACAUCUUACGCAUGUCCAGAAAGGCCCCAUGAAUGUUUGGUGACAGAUCCCGACACUCUUGAGCAGCAUGACCUUUCCAGCCUGUCACGCUCCACCAACAGCAGAAACUGGCAGGCAAUGGAUUGGUCUGACAACCUGAACCGGAAGAACUACUAUAUUAACAUAUGUCGGCCUAUCAACCCUAUCCCGGGCUGCGACCGUGAUGCAUCUGUCUGCCAGAUGAAAUACACCCUCGAGCAGGGCUCCCAAAAGGAGGUUGUGUCAGUCAGUAACAUGGGUGUUUCCAAGCGAGGACCGGUCAUCGAGGGACGGGACCGGCUGCUGCUGGAGUUCACAGAUGGCUCUGCCUGCAUGUCAGACGGCCAGAAACUCUCAUACACAACACGCAUCCACCUAGUCUGCUCCAGAGGAACUACUUCUAUGGGACCCCGAUUCCUGCUGGAACAGAACUGCACUGCCAACUUUAUAUGGGAGACCAGGGCAGCCUGUGCCAUAAAAACCACCAAGAACAAUAGCUGUUCUGUGGUGGACCCCAACUCUUACAUUGAGUUCAACCUUCAGCCUUUGGCUACGAAGAGUGGAUACAAGACAACUUCGAAUGGCAAAGAGUUCCUGGUGAAUAUCUGCUCAGAUGUAGCAGAAUGUGGAACGGAUAUGGCCGGCUGUGAGCUGGAGAAUGGACGUCCCGUAAGCCCGGUCGGGGUGGAGAAGACCCUACAGUACUCCACUGAUGGAGACCUCCAACUAAUAUAUAAGGGACCCCUAGACGGUCCUACAGCAACUCGGGACACCUUCACCAUUAACUUCGUGUGUGAUCCCAACUCCCACCCUGGCUCAUUAAAACUGGUGCAGGAAGACCUGAAUACAUUCGCUGACCAUGUGGUCCAUGACAUCCUCUUUGAGUUCUCCACUGCCCUGGCCUGCAUGCCUGCUCCAGUCAACUGCAGGAUCACUGAUCCCCAUGGCAACGAGUAUGACCUGAGUCACCUGAUCCGGAAUGGAGAAGACAGCCCUUGGAUCCCCAUAGACACAGACAGGGCCGCAUCACGCAGAUUUUACAUCAAUGUCUGCAAACCCCUCCCAACCCUGAAGGAGUGUCCAGUGGGUCCCUUGGGUGCUUGUGGUAUGAUAGAUGGGAAAAGUUACAACCUGGGAUACGUCCAGUCUAGCCCCAAGGUGGCAGAAGACGGUUCCGUCAGCAUCGUGUACCAAAAUGGAGAUCAGUGUGAUUCUUCAUCCCACUUCUCAACACGCAUCAUCUUCCAGUGUGACGACAACCCAGGCUCUCCCAUGUUCGACCGUAAAGAUGGGUGUGAAUAUGUCUUCAUCUGGAGGACAUCGGAGGCCUGUCCUAUCAGGAAGUCCCAAGGUCAUGACUGUCAGGUUCGUGACCCAAAGAGUGGCUAUGAGUUCAACCUGAACUCUCUGAAGGGCAGGGAUUACCCCGUCAAGAAUGAGAAAUACACCUACCACCUGUCAGUCUGCAGUGCGCUCCAGAAAGACGUUUGCACCCAUGCAGACAUAGAGUCUGUCUCCUCCUGCCAGGUGGAUGGAGAUAGCCACAAGAUUGCAGGAAUGUCAAACCAGAACCUGAGUUAUGUGGGAGACCAGAUCAUCCUGAACUACACCAAUGGAGACACCUGCCACAAAAUUUACCAAAGAUCCACAGCCAUCUACUUCUCCUGCGACCUGAACGAGCAUCCUGGAGAACCCAAGUUUCUUAAAGAGACUCCAGACUGCACCUACCUGUUCAGCUGGCCCACUGCGCUGGCCUGCGUCCCAGUCAAAACCACCAGCUGCUCAUACAAUGAUGGUCAGGGCAACUCCUAUGACCUCUCCUCUCUGGCUAUGGAUUCGAAGAACUGGGAGUUGUCUACCGAGGGAACGAACAAACAAUUUUACAUCAAUGUCUGCAGGUCAUUGGUGCAGCCGAAAGAUCCAUGGAAGUGUCCAUCCAGUGCAGCGUCCUGUAUGAAGGAUGGAGAUGAGUAUGUGAGUCUGGGGGAGGUGCAGUCCAGUCCUACAUGGGACAGAAAUGUCCUGAAGCUGCAGUACACCAACGGCCAGGUUUGUCCAGAUGGAAGCCGACAAAGGAGCACCAUCAUCCGCUUCAAGUGUGACAAAGACAAAGUGGAUUCUCGGCCUACUCUGAUCUCUGAGAUCGAGGACUGUGUAUACACCUUCCUGUGGUCAACAGCUGCUGCCUGUCCUCUACAAGGCACCCAACACGACAACUGCACUGUCACCAACCCUGCUACAGGUCAUUUGUUUGACCUGAACUCCCUGAUGAAGGAAGGGGGUUACACUGUGUACGAUCAUCAGCAAUACAGGAAGAUGUUCCGCAUGAACAUCUGUGGAACUGUGACUAACGCAGGAUGCAGUCCUGGAACCGCUGUGUGUAUUAAGGAUACCAAUACUGCAGUCAGCGGCGGUCUGGUGAGCAAGAAACUCUCGUAUAAGGAUCACGUUCUGGAGCUUUCGUAUGAAGGAGGAAGUCCCUGCCCAGCAAACCCCAGCCUCAAACACAACACAAUCAUCCAUUUCAUCUGCAGACCACCUAACAUGGGCUCAGCCCCCCCAGAGCCAGUCCUCAUUGACUCAAGCGCUGAAACUUGCACACAUUUCUUCUCUUUCCACACACCCCUGGUCUGUGAACAGCCUGUAACAUGUUCAGUCCACAGUAAGUCAGCUUUAAUAGACCUGACUCCUCUGAUCCAUGUCAGUGGAUACUACACAGCAACAGAUGAAGCAGUGGAGCAAAGUGAUGAUUCUCCAGACUUUUAUAUCAACAUCUGUCAGCCUUUGAACCCCAUCCCUGGGGUCACCUGCCCGGCUGGAGCUGCUGUCUGUAUGGAUCCUGAUAAUGGACCGCCUGUGGAUAUCGGGCGGACCACCAGCGGUCCAGAGCUCAACAAUGAAACAGGAGAAGUGUCCAUCACCUACCACAGCUCCACCAAGUGUGCAGCUGACCCUUCACAGAACUACACUUCAACCAUCAUCUUCACCUGCCAGAGAGGCCUGGAGCUGGGCUCUCCACAAAUGCUGAGGCGGCAGAAAUGUGUCUAUUUGUUUGAGUGGGCGACUCCACUCGUCUGUUCAGAUGAUUCUCACACCAGCGGUUGCCAGCUCACUGACUCUCAGCUUCAGUUCACCUUUAACCUGUCGACCCUCGUGGGUGAAGUCCAGGUAAACGGGAGCUCUAGUGUGUAUCACAUCAACGUCUGUGGCUCAGUAGCAGAAUCGGCCUGUAAGCAGAGUGCAGUUUGCCAAGUGUCUGGCUCAGACAAGACGGCUUCAUCAUUUGGCAUCAGCAAGGCCAUGACGAUGGUCUUUAAACAUGAAGAGCAGGCUGUGCUGAUGCAGUAUGGUGGAGGAGAUCCCUGCCCACCAGUGACCGCUGAUGGUGAGGUGUGUGUGUUCCCAUUCAUUCUCAUGAAGAAGUCAUACACAGAGUGCACCAAAGAUGGAAGGACAGAUGGCAGAAUGUGGUGUGCCACCACAGGCAACUAUGACACGGACAGAAAGUGGGGAUUCUGCAGUACAGCCACUGGUACGCGUCAGUCCUCUAUAUUGUUUACCUGCGACCAGUCCGCGGGCCGUGGUUCCCCACAGCUGCUCUCAGAGACGGCAGGUUGUUCGGCCACUUUCCAGUGGCGCACCAGUGCUGUUUGUCCUCCGAGGAAGAUGGAGUGUAAGCUGGUGAGCCAGCAUCAGACGUUCGACCUCCGAGCCCUGUCCUCCCUCACUGAGCCGUGGAAGUUCAGCCACAAAGGAGAUGCGUAUUUCAUCAACCUGUGCCAAGGUAUCCACGGUGGACUAACUGGCUGUCCAGAAGGAGCAACUGUGUGCCGACGCACAGCAGGAAAGACCCAGACCCUGGGCCGGGUUUACACUCAGACAAUGAGCUACAGUGACAGAAAGAUCUCUGUCAGCUAUUCAGCAGGAGAUGCUGUCUGUGGCAACGACAUGAAGGCCAAGACAAUAAUCCAGCUGAGCUGUGGCCCCACAGUUGGUCACCCAGCGCUCAUCAGUUUUGAUGAGACGUCAUGUGAAUUUGUGAUUGGCUGGGAGACUCGCUCGGCUUGUGCGGUGAAACAACAAGAGGUGGUGAUGGUGAAUGGGACGAUACAGGUUCCCGACACUGGAGCCAGCCUCAGUCUGGGAGCACUCUACUUUAGCCACCAUCAAGCAUCUGGAGACAUACGUUCCAACGGGGACCGCUACAUCUACCACAUCCAGUUGUCUGGCCUCACAAACGCCUCGAUGCCCUAUUGUGUUGGUGCCAACAUCUGCCAGGUCAAGCUCAACGGACCCAUCAGACGCAAGAUUGGCUCCUCUGACAAAGCAAAGUACUACAUUAAAGGAGGAAAUCUGGAUGUGAUAGUGCCCUCUGACUCAGAGUGCGGCCGGGAGAAGAGCAAAAUGGUUUCAUCCACCAUCAUGUUCCACUGUAACCCAUCAGUAGGCGUCGGCAUCCCAGAGUUUAUGCUGGAGACCGAUGAAUGCCAGUAUCUGUUUGUGUGGCACACAAAUGCUGUGUGUGUUCUGACAACUGUUGAUACAAAGGCAUCUGAUGACGGCACUGACACUUCAGCUCUGUCUCGGCGGAGCCAGGCGGUGGGUGGGGUGCUGAGCCUCCUGUUGGUGGGUCUCACUGUCUGUCUGCUGGGGCUGUUGCUCCACAAGAGAGAGAGGAGGGAGUUGGUGAUGCAGAAAGUUGCUGGUUGUUGUAGGAGAGGAAACCAGGUCUCUUAUAAAUAUUCCAAGGUCAACAUGGACGAAGAAGGUGGUGAGGAGGAGAUGGAGUGGCUCAUGGAGGAGCUCGAAGCCCCUCCCACAUCCUCAUCCUCCCAACGCAGCAAGAGUAACCACGGCAACGGUCACAUCAAGACCAAGCCGGUGAAUACAGACGGUCUGCGCUCAUUCUCGCUGGACGAGCAGGAAGACGACAGCGAGGACGAGGUGCUCAGUGUCCCGGGGGUUCGAGUGGUCAAAUCCUCCGGACUCUCCAGGCACUCUGCGGCUCACCGCAGCGCAUUCCUACAGGAGGAGAGCGAUGAAGACCUGGUCGGCCUCCUGGACGAGUCGGACAGGAAGAAGAAGAGCAGCAAACCUCGCUCCUCAGGCCUUAACCACGGUAACAACACGGCAGCCAACAGGAAACGGGACGAGGAUGACAGCGACGAGGACCUCCUCAGGGUGUGAUGUCACUCUGUCCUUCCUGCCCUCCUCCAUCCAAUCUGAACUCCUCUCUCAGUGAAUGUCUCCGUAAUAGCAACAACAACAAUGAAGUACCAACAACAUAUUGAAAGCAGAAACCUUUCCUCCCUUUUGGGGAUAUUUUUUUGUUGGGCUGCACCUUUACUUGGCCUACUCAGACUCUGUCCAGUUCACUGUCUACAGACUGUCGAGGUUAGCACAUGGCUUUUAUUUAUUAAAAGCUCAUUAUUUAAAGUGUUUCUCAGGCCGUUUCGAUCUGCGCCCUGUUUUCUUCUUCUUUCAUUAUUCUAAAUCGUCAUUCACUGUAGUUACUUCAGCCUCGCCACAUUUAUUUAAUAAAGACCGAACAGGCCAGUUGAGACUCUUAAAAGCCACAGUGGAGGGACAAAAGGCGGCUUUCUCAAUGUAGUGACUCUGCAAUGAGGCAUGUCAGUGAAAAGAUGUACAUGAGAAUUCAGUUGUAUUCUGUUUUUAUUUUCUUCUGGUAGUUUGAAAUGAAGCUGUGCCAUUGCUUUAGCACUUUGACUACUGACAGCAACACUGUUUACAUGUCUCACUGCAGACUGAGUGUGUUUAAAGAGAAAAAACUUUGCCAUCUUUGGAGUCGGUUUUGUUUUUAUGUCCUUUGGCCCAUAAGGAGUGUACUGGACAGCUGUGGUGAAAUGUACAGCUGAGUAGCUCAUUAGUGAAACAGUGAAGCAGAUUUUGGGAGGAAACAAUGGGAAGCUGGUUUAGUCUCCAGGCAGUAAAGGUGUUGUUUCUAAAGGGAAUGAAGACACCCAUUUGUGUUGUCUUGCUGUUUACAGUUGCUAUUAUAGCAGAUCUUUUCUCUUUCUUUCCCCUCGAAAAGAAAGCACGAUGCCUUCCUGAUGAUGAAUUUACUUUGCAUUUUCAUCGAUGAAUCAUGUCCGGCGACAGAUUGAUUUUGUCUUGUUUUGAUCAGAGACAUUGUACAUAGAUGAUAAUGUUCUAUAAUAUGGACAUGUAUUUGUUUGUUUGUUUGUUCGUUGUCCUCACUUGUGAAUUGCUCACACAUUUGUUUUUAUGAUUAUUUAAAUGGUCACCUGAGCUGAUUAUCUGUAUGUAUUUUCUGUUCUGUGCAAAAAUAGAGAUGGCCUUAUGUUUGAAUGGACGGUUGACGAGGUUGACGGAAGCGAAACUUGCGAUGCUUGGACGGUGUUGGUUUGAAGUUCCCUUCCCGCUAAAGCCAUAUUUCUCCCGCCACCACUGGCACUAAUGUAUGGACGUUGGGAUUUGUUUUUCCUGCUCGCACGCUCUCGUACAUUAUAGGCUCAGUUUUGGGAUUCAGGUCCGUGAUUGUGGACGUCGCUGCGUCAGAAGGGAGAUUUUAACUCAGCAAAGCCAAGUUUUUGUAGUGCAGAAAUUAGCCCUGUUUAGCCAAACGCAUGUAACGAUAACACGAAAAGAAAGAAGUGAAGCAAAAAUGUAGAGCGUUGUCCUGCAUUUAACAUGUAUUUCUGCUCAAAAAUCUAACAAGUGUUUUCACAGAGGAUUUGGGUGCCAUCCCACUCGCAGGUUGUUUUCUUUAAUUCUCACCAAAGUAGCUAUUUUCAAAAUGGUAUACACAAUGCAGAUUCGUACAGUUUGCAGUCUCACAAACUGCUACUGGAGCUUCAGUGAUCCUCGGUGAGCUGUCACAACAAAUCAAACUAUGUUAUUUUCUGCGGUGGGCAAAGCAGUUUGAAACUGAUGAACCAGUUUUUCUUGGUCUGCAACAAGCUGCUACUUUUUUUUAAAAUCAAACUUGUGUUAUAAAUGUCCAAAAAUGGUGAAAACUCCCAUAGUUUAAGGUGUCAUCAUCAGAUGUCUUAACAAAACAAGGUAUGUUAGGAUGCCACCUUGUGCUGUUGGCUUCUAAAUGAUCAACCAGAACAGUAAAGAUAGACUCACUGACAAUAGGAACAAAUCGUUAAAUCGCUCCAAACAUACUUGUGUACAUUCUUGGGAGAGCACCUGUUGAUCCGUAGAGUGACAUAAGAGAACUGUGCCCUUACACAGACUAUAAAUAUUCAUCACAUUAGAUACACAGCAUUGCCAGUAUUCAGUCCGCAGAAAGAAAGGGGAUUUCAUAGCUGAAACCUCACUAACAAACAUUCACCAUUCAGGGUAUUUCUAAAGCUUUGUACACAAAUUUGUUAAACAAGUUUUUCUAAGACAAAAGCAUUAAAAAAAAAAAAUUGGCAUUUGCAUGGAAAACCUCAGUAUUUUAUAUGGAUGAGUUUGGGUUGUGCCAUAAUAGUAAAGCGUAAAAGAAACAAAUGGAAAACAUCAUGCUUCCAUCCCUUUGUUAUCAGUACCUUGUAUUCCUGUUCAUCUCAGAUCACAAACAGAAGUUGAUGUUUUCAGAAGCACGUUUGACUUUUUGAGGUCAAGAAGAUCUGCGGCUUCGUUCACAUCUCACCUGUCGUAUUAUCGUAUCUUUGAGCUACUGAUCAGAAAGUAUUAAAGGGGUUUACUUAGUAAAAAUCUAUGUUUCAUAGCGUAAGACAUAACGGGACAGGUUUCCAAACAAAUAACUGCAAUCACAAAUCAACUAUUUAAAUUCCACAUACUCCAAAAUCGUCCAACUAAAGUUCAAUGAAAUCGAGCCUGUUGUUGACAGACUUUUUAUAAAGGUUAAUUUUAAAUGUUUUCAUUCAUUCAGUGACGUUUUUCAAAAUUUACUUCAGCCGUCUUUUUACUAAAUUCCAGAUCCUGUCAGGAGGUUUGAACUGGGGUGAAAGCAUUUAACUGUGUUUUGACACUUUGUAGCUCAUCUCUGUUGAGGAGAUGCUGAAGCGCUCUGAUCACAAAGUACUGUUUAGUCUGUGACGUCCCUUUUGUUCAUCAUCGCAUAAAGUCUGUUUCUGCUGGCUUUAGCACCAAAGUUUGUGUGGCUCAUCUGUAAGGUACUGAACCUUCUCUUUUUGAAGAAAUUACUGGACAUUCUUGUGCUUUUUUUGUCUGAAGCAGAGAAUUAUUUUGCGUGGCAUGAAGCUAAUUUAGCACCUACGAUUGAGAUCAAGAGUUUAAUUCAGAGGAAGACAAACAAGCUGGGAGCAUACAGUGACUAAAAAAGCACAAGAAUUUUUUUUUUGUGACGAUUCGGUACUAUGGAAGAUCAUUAUUAUGUUUUGGUUGGUGUAAGUUAUGUUGUCUGAUAUGUUUUCAGCUCUUUGCCUGUUUUCCUAUUUAAGAAGAAAUUGAUGUAAAAAUAUUGCAUUAUUUGAAUAAAUAAGAGAUCUGCUGUUUAU